AUGUCAUCCCCCCUAGAUUCCACGAUUAAAACACCGCACUCUCAAGCUACUAGUAUCGCUGACCCUAACGAGGACGAUCUGCCGCCCAAAGUAGCUGCGGAAAGACGCAUUCGCUACCUCGAUGAUGACGAUCUAGAAGCCCAAGAAGGCCCUCACCGAACGACUGCCCUAUCCAACGAUGUGUUGAGACGUCGAAGCUCAUCUUUUUCUAUUCAUUCCGUCCAAAGCAUCCAGCGUGGUGACCGUGUGAGGGAUCCGGCUACGGCGUUGCCUGUUGCCUACCUUAUUGGUAAUCAAGAGUGGCACCUCGUUUCCGCCGAAGAGCUCUAUGAACGACAGGGUGUCGACCCAGGCACUGGUCUGAGUGCUUUGGCGGCCAAAGAAAGGCUCUCUAAGUAUGGUCGCAAUGUCCACUCACCACCAAGGUCGCACUUUUUUCAGCGCAUCUUUUGGUAUCUGUUUGGCGGCUUUGGUUCCAUUCUUCUUGGUGGCGGCAUUCUAGUCUUCAUUGCAUGGAGACCGCUUGGUGACCCGCCCGCGGUUGCUAACCUUGCGCUGGCUAUUGUGCUCAUUGCUGUUUGGGUCAUUCAAGCCUUGUUCAAUGGCUGGCAGGACUUCUCGUCGUCCCGAGUGAUGAAAAGUAUCACAGGCAUGCUACCGGAAGAGUGUUAUGUGCUACGCGACAGUCUAAAGCAGAGUAUUACAGCAGCAGACAUCGUUUGCGGUGACGUCCUAUAUUUCAAGGCAGGGAACAAAAUGCCGGCGGAUGUUCGCUUCAUUGAGGUCACGUCUGACGCCAAAUUCGACCGUGGAAUCUUGACUGGUGAAUCUCUCCCUGUUAGCGCAAUUACAGAGUCAACGGAGCCAAACUACCUGGAAACUAAGUGUAUCGGCCUUCAAGGUACGCAUUGUACAUCGGGGUCUGGUAUGGGCAUUGUGGUGUCUACAGGUGACAGCACAGUGUUCGGCCACAUUGCAAAGCUGACUAGCGCCGAGUCAACACAACGCACGAACUUGCAGAAGGAGAUCAUUCGUUUCAUUAUUGUCAUUGUCACCUUGAUGCUGAUAAUGUGCUUGAUCGUGAUUGGUGUGUGGGCCGGAUACAUCCGCAAAGAGCAUGAAGGCUACAUGCCCCCGAGUCUUCUCAUUGUUAACCUCGUUAGUGUAGCGAUCGCCUUCGUACCAGAAGGGCUCCCAGUCGCUGUGACAGCGUCUUUGACCAUUGUUGCGGACAUCAUGAAGCGGCAUCAAAUUCUCUGCAAGUCUCUCAAGACCGUUGAGACGCUCGGUUCGGUGUCGGUCCUUCUGUCAGACAAGACUGGCACACUAACUAAGAACCAAAUGGUUGUGACAGACUGCUUGGUGGGCUCUCGCACGUUGAUUCUCGCUGAAGCAGAGAAAGAGGGGCUCAGUGGUUCGUCUACUGAGAGUGCACAACAGACAGCCCUUAAGCAGAUGCAAGUUGUUGGUGCAGUUUGCAAUGCCGGAGAAUUUGACGCCAAGACAUACCACCUCCCUUUACCGGACAGAAAGAUAAUCGGCGACGCCACAGACCAAGCAGUGUUGCGAUUUUCGGAAAUGUUGGGCCCGGUCACACAGGCCCAAAGCUUGUGGAGGAAGCGAUUUGAUCUCCCUUUCAACUCCAAAUCCAAAUUUGCCUUACGGGUUCUGUCAGCCGCUGAUCCGCAAGCUGUCUCAACAACCAUCAGCAGAGGCGAGGCGAACGGAUUCAACGCCGAUACCGACAUGCUCAUGAUGGUUAAAGGCGCACCAGAUGUUCUGAUCCCUCGUUGUGACCAAUACGUUGGUGACGACGCUGAAGUCCAUGAUUUAGAUGAUAGCAUCCGCACCACUGUCAACAACAUCAAAGAUCAGUGGUCGCGUGAGGGCAAGCGAGUUCUGUUACUUGGACGAAAGCUUCUUCCCUCCAGUAAGAUCUCGGCUGCACCAGAGGACGGCAACUUCGAAUCGGAUGUACAGGGACACGCAAAGUCCGGACUUACCCUGAUUGGACUGGUUGCCAUGACAGAUCCUCCCCGGGACGAAAUCCCUAGUGUGAUUCACACUCUGCGUACUGCCGGCGUCCGAACAAUGAUGGUUACUGGUGAUUUCAAGCUCACCGCACAGACAAUCGCACGGUCCUGCGGCAUUAUCACCUGUGCUGACAAUGAAGUGCAUUCCGUCGCCGAUCUACCUCGAUAUCCACCCACGGCUGACGGCAGCACGCCCAAGGAGCGAUCUCUGCUACCGCAGAUCGGACAGGCAGUAGUCCUGUCGGGUACUGAGCUACCUGCCUUGACGAUGCACCAAUGGUCAUUAAUAGUUCAAUAUCCCGCAGUCGUUUUCGCUAGGACUACUCCGGAUCAGAAGCUUCUGAUUGUGCAGCGCUUCCGUGCCGCCGGUUAUGUGGUUGGCAUGACCGGUGAUGGUGUCAACGACGCGCCGUCCCUGAAAGAGGCUGAUAUUGGCAUAGCUCCUGGCUCUGGAUCAGAUAUUGCUCUUGAAGCGUCCGACAUGGUGCUCCUGGCCUCCUUUUCUUCUAUUAUCCCGGCGGUUGCCUAUGGACGCUCGGUUUUUAUAAACCUCAAAAAGACUGUCGCCUAUCUCCUUCCGGCUGGAAGUUACUCCGAGUUCUGGCCAGUGAUGACCUCAGUCAUCUUUGGGAUCCCCCAGAUUUUAAGCUCCUUUUUGAUGAUUGUCAUCUGCUGCUUUACCGAUUGUGCUGCCGCAGUGGCUUUAGCCUACGAGAAGCCGGAAGCAGAUGUGUUGACUCGACCACCCCGUGACAUCAAAAAGGACCAUUUGGUCGACUGGAAAUUACUAUUCCACAGCUAUCUCUACACUGGAACAAUGGAGACACUGAUCAGCUUUUCACUUGCUUUCUGGUAUCUUGAGAAGAAAGGUCUCACAUUUCGAUCACUAUGGUUUAGCUUCGGCGACUACGAAACACCACCUGGCCACGAAGAUGACGAGGACUACGUGACGAACCAACUCGCGAUCGGCUCCGGGAUCUAUUUCAUCACCCUCGUUGUUCUUCAGUGGUUCAACCUCAUGUGUGUCCGCACUCGCCGACUCUCUAUCUUCCAACAUCCACCAAUUGGCAACAAGAAUACACAAAAUUACCUCUUAUUUCCUGCGAUUAUACUUGCGAUCGUCAUCGCCGUAAUCUUUGUCUACAUUAAUGAGAUACAUGAGGUCGCAGGAAGUGGGCCAGUUCCGGUUGAGCAUUGGUUCAUCCCAAUGGCACUGGGUUUUGGUAUUUUGUGUCUGGAAGAAGGCAGAAAAGCAGCGAUAAAGAGAUGGCCAAAUGGUGUACUGGCCAAGAUGGCUUGGUAG